AUAGUUAACUUUGUUUUGAUGAAAGGUUGAUGGAUUGGUGGCCCUCAUGGAGGGUGAGCACAUUGGCCCUUUCAACUUGGGAAAUCCAGGAGAAUUCACCAUGUUGGAGCUUGCUGGGGUGGUGAAAGAAGUGAUUGAUCCGAGUGCGACUAUUGAGUUCAAAGCCAACACCGCGGAUGAUCCUCACAAGAGGAAACCUGAUAUUAGCAAAGCAAAGGAGCUACUAAACUGGGAACCAAAAAUAUCGUUGCAAGAGGGGCUUCCUCUCAUGGUCAAUGAUUUCCGCAAUCGUAUCUUGAAUGAAGAUGAAGGCAAAGGGAACUAAACAAGAAAAAUAGUAUGUAUAGCUCCAAACUUGUUUAUUAUACUCGAAGUUGAUAUGAUAUGCAUUCUUUUUUUUUGUAUUUUCCUUGUAAUAGCAGAUGGAUAAGCCACAUCUUUAGUCUCAAAAUAGCAGAUGGCUUCUAUUUUGGGAAACUGCCCUGUGAUGUUUUAAAGAUCAAGUGUUUUUGUUAUGAUGAUCAAUAGUGGAUAUUCUUCAAAUCUCCAUAUGUUUUCUAUGUGAACGAACAUUCAUGUGA